AUGUCGGCCAAGCGUUCGCGCGAUACAGAAGACCGUCCUGGGGGCUCUGCGACAGCCGAACCCCCAGUCAAGAAGAACAAGAAGAAGGGCUUCUCUGUCGCGCCUGAUAACCUUCCCGAUGGCACAUAUCGUCGGAAAGCCCAAAAAAUAAAAGCCGACCUGAUCCAAAAAGCCAAAGUCAAAAAAGCCUACGCUAAAGUGAAAUCCCAAGAGGAAGCCCCGACCAAACCCUCCGUCUACGAACUCGAAGAACAGCGCCAACGCGAAGAAAACGAGCGGCGACAAAAUGAACAUGCCGAUCCUGAUGGGCCCCAAGAAGCUGGUGCUGGCAUGGAGCUUCACCCGGACCGAGUGGCUAUGCUGAAUGAACCACAACCCGAACCCGCACCUGAACGGAAACCUAGGCCAGAACGUGCGCAGAACCGUCGCGAGGGCGGUAGAAACAAGAAGGGAAAGCGUACUGCUUUUGACAAGGAGUUAGAGAUUGCGCGGAAGCGCCAAGAGGAAGCUGAGAGGAGAAGGGAACAGAGGGAGUUCAGGCAGAAGGAUCGCGAUGCCAUGGCGAAGGCUAAACGACCGGAUCAGAAUGGGAAGAAAAGGUUGGGGAGGGAGAGUACGGUGCUUCUUAGUCGUGUACAGCGGAUGGUUGGUUAG